UGUUAGUCAACUGAGCAUGGUUCUGGAUGAGGAUCAUUAUUUGGGCACUUGUGAUUUGGCUGUGAGGGUUUGCAUACUCAUUGAUAUUUUUGUUGUGGGUUAGGUUCUUAGUGUAUCUUUGUGCAGCACAUUUCCUUGGGCUUCAUCCUUUGAGUUCAUUGGAUGAAGCAUGGCUUCUUGAUUCGAAAGUGAAUAAGUGUCAACCGGUUUGAUAUGUCACUUUUGAUAAGAACAAUGUUGAGGCUAUUAGGGGUGCCAUUCUGGAAAGACUUGUGGGGAAUUGUGUUAGGAUGAGAUGAUGCAUUACAAAAUUUCUUGGACAUAUCUUCAUGAAGGAGCUUCCAAGAGAAGAAGUUGAGAAAUGUAUUCAAAUUCUUGAUGAAAAUGAACAUCAUCUACACACAGAAAAAGACCUUGGAGACUUUCUUUCAAAGACAGUGAAUGAUCCGAUUCCCCUUUCGACUCCACAAUGGAGAAUGUGGCUUUAUGAGAACUACAGUGAGAAUGAAUCUGCUCUUUUAUUUAAAGAGCAUCAUGUAAUGGCAGAUGGCCUUGGGAUUCUUGAGAUUAUCUUAUUGAUUGUUGAUGAAUUCAAGCCAGAAGCAAUCAUUGACUUCAGACCCACAACUUGGAUAAAACAGAUGUUUCUCUAUAUAAUUUCUCCUUUAUUUAUCUUAUACUAUAUGAUUCCUAUUUUGUGUAAAAGAAGAGAUAAGUCUUCUAUUACAAAUGUUUCUUUAAGCGGAGAAAAGCAAUUUGCUAUCGGAAGAAGAUUCUCCCUUGAAGAUAUGAAGAGGUCUUCUAGAGAUUUAGGAGUAUCUAUGAAUGACCUUGCUGCUGGAGCUUUAAGUAGAGGAUUGGCUGAAUAUUUGGCAGACCAAAAAGAUAUAGAGCAUUCAGAGACAAUAACUGCUAUGGUACCGGUUAAUCUUAGGACGAAGAAGGCAAUGAAGCCGAGUGAUAUUAAGCUGCAGAAUAACUUUACUCUUGUUUUGCUCGAUUUUAAGAUGGGUCAGACUCUUGAAGAUGAAAUUAAGAGAGUCAAUAGAUUGAUGAAGAAAGCCAGGCGCUCCAUUAAGCCACUUACGACGAUGUUUAUUCAACAGCUUAUCAUCAGGUUCCUCCCUUUGUUUAUUACUAGACCCUUGAUGGAUUAUACUGCUGGUAAAUGAACUCUAGCUUUUUCGAAUGUUCCUGGAUUCAAAGAGGAUCUUACAGUGCUAGGGAGCAGAGCAAAUGAGUUGCUCUUCUUCGCUCCAUGAAUGAGUAAGAUUGGAGUGGGAGUCUCAAUGGUGAGUCACGUUGAUUACUUCAAGAUGGGAAUAUCAGCAGACACCAAUGUUAUAAAAGAUCCCUACUUAUUGCUGGACAAAAUAGAGAAGAACAUCCAGAAAUGAAUUAACUUGGAUCUACAGAAUGAUGAUAAUUUUGAGAUCCCCUAAUUUAUUAGUAUGAGUCUAUUUUC